UUGAGUUUUAAGUCAUACCCACACAUCAAAAAUGUUGGCGUCUACCGAUGUUUUGUUACACACAUUUCCCGCAUAAGAAAUAACUCUAAAUUAAAAUAUACUUGUAUACCAAAAAAACCAUUGGAACAACGCAUGUUCAAACUACAAGUUCCAGUGGAAAAUGGCUCAACUUUCUGGGAAAUACUUGGCCAUUGAAAAUGCAACCAGUGGUCUAAGCUCGAGCACCGACAACAAUGAAAUAUCCAAGGAUCCAAAACAAGGAACAAAGCUCAAGGAAAGUGCUUCGUUCGCAGGUUUUGGAUCCCAUUUCGUGGGUAUAACGCUUCAUUCGGAGAGGAGAAGGAGGGUUUCUGGCGGGGAUUGCGAGUACCAUCAGCAGCCCAAUUUAUUGCGAAAUCCGUUGGUCGUCAGGAGUGGCCAUCUUCCAGACGACGAAGAGUGCCAUCCCAGUUGUCCUUACCGAGGAAAUUAUCAGACACAAAACACUUGCCCGCAGCCAUCUAAUCAAUAUUAUAAUCAGAGCUAUAAGUGUCCACACAAUCAGUCCAGUUAUUAUGACAAUAGAAACCAUGGAACACACCAGGAAGUCCAUGGAACACACCAGCAAAAUCAUGAAACACACCAGCAAAACCAUGAAACACACCAGCAAAACCAUGGAUCACCAUGUCACCAAUGCUAUGAGCAACAGACGCGCACCCAGGUGCGGUCCCAAUCCCAGCCAAGGGAUCGACAUGGAAGUGAAUGUGGAUGCGAUCGGCCAGCGGGCAGGAGAGCCUACAGGACACCCUCCUCGCACUACAUGGAAUACAGGGAGUUUCAGCACAGUCCCAAAAGGAAUCCUGCUGUAGAAAAGCAUAAGUACAGUGAAUAUCCACCAGACGCGCACCGUAGGAAUCGAUUGCAAAAGAAGACCUCCGAUUGCAGUUGUGGAUGUCCAGAACCGUUGCCAGAACGCAAACGAGUUCAGAAAACCAAACGCCUGCAAAAGCAGCACUCCGAAUGUAGCUGUGAGUCUGAGGAAAAGCAGCAGGUUCAGAGGAGCAAACGAAUGAAGCUAUCAUCCUCCGAUUGCAGCUGUGAGGUUGAACGUGCACCAAAAAGGCCGCCAGUUCAUAGGAAGACUACACCGGACAAAGCUUAUUACCUAAGGAAACCAACUCCAGCGGCUCAAACGUGUCCCGUUCGCUGUCAUGCUCGCUCUCACAUCCAAGGACCAGCACCUCCACCACCUGUGCCCAAGCGCAAAUGUCCUGCUGCUGCACCGCCACCGGUUUCCAAGAAACCCACACCCAAAACCAAGCCAACCUGCACACCAAAUACUAAAACAAGUUCACCAAGGAAAGGAUGUAGUGCCUGCAAUCGCAUUUCCGACGAGGAAAGCGAUGCCAACGACUACGUGGAGCAUGGUCGUUCCCAAACGCAGGUACUUAGGAAUCCACUGGUUCAGUCUCGUUCCUAUGAUGACCAUGGAGCGCCUCCCUACGAGAGCUGCAGUGAGGAUUGUCCUGCCCAGCGAAGAGCACGAUCGUCAAGUUGCAAGCGAACCAAGCCGGAAAAUCGCAGUCGUUCCUGCAAGGAGCCGCCCAUCUGCUCCAAUGAAACGCUGAUGGAAAAGCCUGUAAAAAGCUAUCGAUUCAAUUGCCCAGAGAAUGGCAAAUGUGCGUCGUGUCGCAAACUAUGCCCGAAUUGCAACAAGGUUCUGGCCCAAAAGAAGAAGACUCCCUCGGCCAAGAAGUACGCAGCAGCGGUGGCCCAAAAAUGCUGUCCCAUGUGCGGAUUGCUACCCAUGAUGCCGAACAUUUCCAUUCCAAACGUGGCCAGUGGCAACCGCAUCAUCUACAAGACUUUGGGAAGAUGUCGACCGAGGAAGUUGCCCAAGUCCAGAUACGAAUUGACCAUUUGCUGUAAGAAGCGCUGCCAGGGAGGUCGCAACUCGCACUACAUGACCGGCACUAUUGCCACGGGCUUGAAGAGAAGGGCCAAGGCGGCGAUGACUGGGGUUAAUCCGGUGGCGCCAUCAGGGAUGUCAAGUCACAGACAGGGUGUCAGACCAUCUCCUUCUCCACCUCAAAACAUGCACAGUCAUCAUCCAGUUUACCAGUCGACAGGACAUGUGAGGAGUCCGAGCAGAGCAGGUCACUCUAGUCCAGCAACUUCUGGCCAGCAACGUGAGAGACCAGCUGCUCCACCACCAUUUAAGAUGCGUUCUCCAUCUGCCAACCUGGUCCAGAAGUCUGAGAAACGGGAGAGAGAAAGGGAGCAGAUUCCUUACCAGGAUUACCAGGAAAGAACAAGGACUGCACUGCCCGUGUUAGAGAUUCAUAGUUCGGUUAGAGGUUCCUCGCAUCCCAGGGAACAUGCCCACUCCUAUAGAGCUCAACCAGAACCAGGACCAUCAAGUAGAUCAGAACAGAAUAGAACAGAACCACCAGCAUCCAUUAGAUCCAGACCUGAACCGCCCGAGAUACCAGCAUCUUUGGUAGCACCCGCUUCCAUGGAUGCGGAUAUUAACGAGCCCGUUCGACGUGGAGCUUCCUACUUGGGCACCGAGUUGAAUCCCUUCUACAGAGGCAGUUUCCUAAGAGUACGUCAGUCAAGGGAUUCACCUCAGACCCGCUUGAGUCCCAUUCACCAGCGAGGCGAGAAGAUCCCGGAGGUGCCGAAGUCGCCAAAAGUUCCGGGAAUGGGUAUGCCCGUAAAGUAUACGAAACUAAGUCAGCUGCAGGCAUGGGUAUUUGGAGACCCCUUCGUAAAGGGUAACAACGAUUCGGGAGCCUGGAGCUGGCGCCAGAUUUUUGGUCGCAGAAAGAAGCGCUCCACGGCCAAGGAUAAACCUGCCAAAACAGUGGAGGCGACCAGUACAUAGGC